UCCGUACAAUGCCACACCAGACUCCAGAGGAUAUGCUUUGGGUUAAUUUGUGGCGCCAAACCCUUACUCUCUCCUCCAAAGUCCAAACCCACAAAUCCCAAACACCAUGACUCUCUGCAACUGCAACCCAUUUCUCUCCAAAACCCCAAUAUUCUCACUCCCAUUUCAUCCCACCACCAAAACCCAACUCCCUAUUUCCUCUCUUUGCUGCUCAGCAAACCCCUCCUCUGUCCCUGACCCCAAUCCAAGCACCAACUGCAGCAACAGUGACACCAACAAUGGCGGCGGUGGGCCCAAAAAGAAGCUUUCAGACCAUUCCUCGUGGGAGGCGAAGGACUCCGAGGGAAAUGACUACUUGUACAGGUUGGGCAAAGAGGCCGACAACAUGAACAUCGCCGUCGGAGCCCGGGCGGGCCUCGUCGACGACCUCUUCGUCGGCAAGUUCCUCGGCCGAGACUCGGAUAUUGUGUUUGAUUAUCGGCAGAAGGUCACCAGGUCCUUUCAGUACCUUCAGGGCGAUUAUUACAUUGCGCCUCUGUUCAUGGAUAAAGUUGUUUGCCAUAUUGCGAAGAACUACCUUGCUCAUCUUCUCAACACUAAAGUUCCUUUAAUCCUAGGUAUUUGGGGAGGUAAAGGACAAGGAAAAUCAUUUCAGACUGAACUUAUUUUCCAAGCCAUGGGAGUUGAACCAGUAAUUAUGUCUGCCGGGGAAUUAGAAUCAGAAAGAGCUGGAGAACCAGGAAAACUGAUACGCGACCGCUAUAGAACUGCCUCUCAAGUGGUCCAGAACCAAGGCAAGAUGAGCUGCUUGAUGAUCAAUGACAUUGAUGCUGGCCUUGGUAGAUUUGGAAACACUCAGAUGACAGUCAAUAAUCAAAUUGUUGUUGGAACAUUGAUGAAUCUAUGUGAUAAUCCUACAAGAGUUAGUAUUGGACAAGACUGGCGAGAAUCAGACAUUACAAACAGAAUUCCUAUCAUUGUUACAGGAAAUGAUUUGUCAACAAUUUAUGCUCCCUUAAUCCGUGAUGGAAGGAUGGAAAAGUUUUACUGGCAGCCUAACCACGAGGAUAUCAUUAACAUUGUUUACAGAAUGUAUGAGAAAGAUGGCAUGUCUAGGGAUGAAGUUGUAAGUAUAGUGGACACUUUUCCUAAUCAAGCACUGGAUUUCUAUGGAGCUUUGAGGUCUCGAACAUACGACCGGUCAAUUUCUAAGUGGGUUGAAGAUAUUGGAGGUGUUCAAAGUCUGGGAGACAAACUUCUAAAGCGAAGAAAAAAUGACAACCUUCCUGUGUUUACUCCUCCAAAGCAAACCAUUGAGGCUUUAUUUGAAUCAGGCCAUUCUCUGCUCAAAGAACAGAAAUUGAUAAUGGAGACUAAACUUUCAAAGGAAUACAUGAAGAACAUGGAUGACUAGAACUUGGGAUGUCAUUGUUAUGCCUUGUAAUUUUGUUCUGUUAUGCAAGGGUGAGUGGAAUGUCCUUGGCCUGUUGCAUUUGCAUAAAUGGAUUUGUGGAAAUGUCAUUUUCAAUCUCUACAAAGCAAAACUGUCAAAACACACUUGCACAUAUAUAUUAUGAUUUUUUUUAUUGUUU